AUGUCUUACAACAACCACUGGUUUGACCACCGUAUUGGCGAGCCCUUUAUGACCGCACCUGCGUACAUCGAACGCCCUGCCCACGAUGCUCAGCCCCCGUAUCCUUGGUUCUACCCCCGACGACCCGUACCUCUCCCUGAACACCGCCCAGACUACAUGGUUUACCAUCAUGUCUUUUACUUCCCUGUCCCUCGCGGAGUGUUCAAUGACCAUGUCUAUCUCUCUGCUGCUCGCAUUUACCUCCGUGGCGCAAUUGGGCAGUCUAAUCGCAAUUCUCUCUCUGAGCUUCCCCGUUGGUCGCUCCUCAACCACCUUUUCGUGCUGAUCGCCACCGACAACACAAACCGCGAAGAGGCUAUUGAAGCUGUCUCUCAUCGCCUGGCUAUGAUGACCGAAAUGAUCGAAGAUGGAGAGGGUUGGUUCUCUGGACUGCCUUACAUCCACGACAACUUCCAGGUCCGCCUGAUCUCGCGCGCCUCUGGAAGCUCUGAGAUCUGA